GUGGCGAGCGCCAGCGAGGCCUGGCGAGGAGAGCUCCGAAAGCUUGGGCUGGAGCAGAUCAUCACUGCGAGGAUGCCAGAGUUCUUGCACAACCCGCGGGCCAUGAAGUAUGCAACCUGGUGCGCCGCCUCUAUGGUAGGUUUGCCUUACGUCGUUCAGGAGCUGCGCACGCACUCCCAAAGCGCGGUUGCCGUCGAUGCUUGCUUCUGCACCAUCAUCGACAUCCUCGACGACGAUGUAUCGGGUGCGUGGCUUCUUCAGCAUCAGCGAGUGGAGGCGGAUGUGCUCAACGCGAGUGACGUCUCGUUGCUGAUGGAUAUGGUGGUGCAGUCGAUGCUGCUGCACAAGGAGGAGACGAUGCUACAGAGAAGAGGAUGUCACUGUUUGGCGCUCAUGGUGCGCCUCAAACACCUACACCUGCUGCCGCAGGAGCUGUUGUGUCGAAUCAUCGAGGUGGCAUUGUCCACGAUUGCCACCACCUCUCCCGGAUCCGUUCGUGAUAGUUCAUACUGCCUCCGGCAGAUGCUCGAGGCGCAGGUCUGCCGGGGCGAAGAAGCCCAGAAAGAGGAGCAGGUGAGAACUGCCUUGAAGCUGGAACUUCAUCGCCAAGGGGCGGUGGCUCUCCUGCAUCAGCAGAUGGACUACUUCCUCGAGCUGGAAGAUGCCUACAGGCAUUCGGAGAUUUUCGAAGAAAUUGCUGCCUGCCUGUUCGCCUUGAAUGGGCCUUUGGCGGCCUUAAGCGCCUGGGACCAUUAUCUGUUGGUGUCGCUGGUGGACGUGGAUGGCCGGGUCUUCGUGCGCGGGGCGGGUAUGAAGGCGAUCUUCGAGAUGGGCCGGGCGGAAGCGUCCACCCUGCAGCCAGUGGCGGGUCAAAUUCUCGCGGCCGUGCAGAGCUUCCUAGCAGACGACCCCGAG